AUGAGUGACGUGGAGAGCGAGGAUGGCAGGCGGGCAUCCAAGAAACGCAAGGCCAGCCGCGCUUGUGAUCGGUGUAACGUGCAACACCAGCCAUGCGACAACGCCUCCCCAAAGUGCAGCGUCUGCGAGCGUGCUGGCACUGAUUGCACAUACAAUAGGCCUAUACGCAAGCGUGGUCCUCGCACGGGAUACACUGCGCAGUAUGGGGAGCGACUCUGGGGGCUGGUUCUGCAGACAAACCCGGAGAUCGAAGACCUUGUGCUGCAUACCCUAGCCACCAACACAUUUGGCAACACUGGCGUCCCGAAUGCAGACUACUUCAAGAACAAUGAUCACCAGGCGGAACUGGUAAAGCGUUUCAACGAAAGCCGGCUUGGCCGUUUCGUUCAAACCGGCGAAUUGCCUGACCUACGAACGCUCAAGAGGAGCGAAGCAUCCAUGUCAUUUGCCACUUCAGCACCUGUGCCACUUCAUCAAAGCCCCAACUCUGGAGAAAUGGGGCCGUCGAGAGGUACUGGCCCCCGUUCAAGAAGGAGUACUUUAUCUGCAACGUCCAAGGCGUCGCCUAGUAUCAACCCUCAUGGAGCUCCACAAAACCCUGGCGAAAUAUAUACUUUGAGUGAGAUAUUCCGGAAACGUGGUUCUCAUUCCGAGACGACUGCCAGCCUCCCGGCCGACGAUAUUAUAGCUCGGAAACCAUCUCGUGAUCCCGCUUGGCAGGAUUUCGCUGCGGCCGGCGACACCGAGAUUCCUGCAUUCGAUUUCAACCCGAACGGGUUUACAAAUGACUACGAUGCUUUGCUUCGUACGCCUAUCCAGAAUGGUGGUCUGCCCAGUAUGCGCGGCCCAAACCAACUGUCUGAUCUGCUCAAGAACGCAAGUCAACCCAUGGCGGAUCAGGAUGCGGCUGGAGCUCAGUCUGGGGGCCAACAACCUGUUGACUUCGACUUUCCGGACAUGAAUCAAUGGUACGAGUCCGUCCCAACAGAAACACUGCUGAACCUAGGCUUUACCGGUGGAGACGGAAUGGCGCAGGAUUUCUUGGACCUCUGUGAAAAUCCAGACCCUUUCGAAAGCGCACCAAUUUCGCCAAGUGGUCAGAAUGAAGACGAAGAGGCUGUAUGGCGUCGGCUCGUCAUGCGAGGUCGCUUCGUAUGA